UCGCAUAUCCUGCUUCUAUAGCUGUUCUAGAACAGCAGUCGAAUAUUUAGGAGCCCGGUUACUGCAUUCAGGCUCAUACCCGAACCUCGGUACUCUGUCGAACGGAAUCAUGCAUUCGGCUUGCCGAAAAUACAAGCCGGGCCUACGGGGCGGUGGAACGAUGUGGACAUCAGGAUCGACCAAGUGGAGCAUCACCCAAUAUCUACAGCUCUCAUGGCCAACGAUAUUGCAAAUUGCCAUCAUGUUGCGAGACACUGUUUUUUCCUCUCCUAACACCUGAUCUAUGGAUGCUAUCUUGAUAUCAUUGUGUCAGAUGUAAGGUUUAAUAUAUAACUCUCGCCUUUUCUUUUUCAUUUCCUCUGUUUACACCAUACAGUAUGCGCAAGAGCAUACCCUUAUCCACAUCGGUCCCCUGGAAUGGCUUCUAAAGACAAUAUCCAUGAAGCCCCUCGCUCCCAGGGAAUCCCUUACUGGCGGUUACUCCUCGACCAAGGCGUCGUCACACCCGAAAUAAUCGAAUACCCAUACAAGGGUUCUGGAACCGAUGAUGACCCAUACAUCGUAGAAUGGAUCCCUAAUGACCCACGCAACCCGAUGCUUUUUAGCAAUACCGUGAAGUGGGCCUACACUAUCACCGUCGCGUUUGCUACAUUCGGCGUGUCGCUUUCGUCCUCCGCCUAUGCGGGUGGCAUCCAGGAGGUCAUUAAGCAUUUCGGCAUCAGCCAAGAAGUAGCCACACUCGGCGUAUCACUGUUCGUUUUGGGCUUCGCAGUCGGCCCGUUAUUGUGGGCACCUUUGAGUGAACUGAUCGGUCGCCAGGUUGUCUUCUUCGUCUCAUAUGGCGCUCUUGCGUUCUUCUGUGCCGGUGCCGCCGGCGCCCAGAAUAGCUGGACAUUGAUCAUCCUGCGCUUCUUCGCAGGUUCAUUUGGAUCCUCACCCUUAACUAACGCCGGAGGCGUCAUCGCUGAUAUCUUCACUGCGGAGCAUCGAGGCUUAGCCACAAGUCUAUUCGCCGGCGCACCGUUCCUAGGUCCCACCCUAGGGCCCAUAAUCGGCGGCUUCCUGGGAGAAAACGCCGGCUGGCGCUGGGUCCAAGGAUUCCUGGCAACCUUCACCGGCCUAAUCUGGAUCAUCGAAACGCUCCUCGUACCAGAAACCUACGCGCCCGUCCUCCUCCGCAAACGCGCCGCCCGCCUCACAACCCUAACCGGCCAAGUAUACCGCAGCAAACUCGACCUCGAGCGCGGCAAAGUAACAAUGACCAGCACCUUUGCCGCCGCCCUCCUCCGCCCCUGGAUCCUCCUCUUCGCCGAACCCAUCGUCCUCCUUCUCUCAACCUACAUGGCCAUCGUCUACGGCACCCUUUACAUGCUCUUUGACGCCUUCCCAAUCGUCUUCCAAUCGCUCCGCGGCUGGCCCGAAGGCCUAGGCUCCCUCCCUUUCCUAGGCGUAAUGAUAGGCAUGAUGGCCGCUGUCGCCGCAAACAUGCACGACAACAAACGCUACAUCCACCUCCACAAAAAACACAACGGCUUCGCGCCCCCCGAAUCCCGUCUGCCCCCCACCAUGAUCGGCGCCAUUGCUAUCCCCAUCGGCCUCUUCUGGUUCGCCUGGACCAACGCCCCCCCAGUCCACUGGAUAGUAAGCAUCAUCGCUGCUGCCCCCUUCGGCUUCGGCAUGGUCCUCGUCUUCCUGAAUAUCAUGACCUACCUCAUAGACGCGUAUACCAUCUACGCGGCGAGCGUCCUCGCCGCUAACUCGAUCAUUAGAUCUUGUUUCGGCGCUGGGUUCCCCCUUUUCACUUCUUAUAUGUAUCGGGACUUGGGCGUCCAUUGGGCUUCCUGUGUCCCUGGUUUCUUGGCGCUCGCUUGUUUGCCUUUUCCGUUUGUUUUUUAUCGCUAUGGGGCGAGGAUUCGCCGGAAGUGUAAGUAUGCGGCUGAGGCGGACGAUUUUGUGAGAAAGUUGGCGGAGAAGGCGCUUGUUUCGGGGAAGGAGAAGGUUGGUGGUGGUGGUGGUGAUGUUGGGGAGGUGGAAGUAGGGCAGUCGGGGUCUAGGAGGAGCUCGGUGUCCAAUGUGCCGGAUACGGCUUAUGACGGAAAUCCGUUCGAUGUUGAUCGCGUUAAUACGAGGAAUUCGGCGAUUUCGAGACGGUCGAGGUCCUGGUCGGGUAGGGCGAGGAGGAGAGUUUUGGGGGUGUUGGGGCUUUGAGUGGGGUUUUUGUCACUGUGUAUGUACUGGAGGUGGCUGUAAUGGUUGGGGUGUAGGCAUUUAUAUUGAUUCUUGGAUAUAGUGGUUUAUAGUAUGAG